AUGACCGAAUUAAUAAUUUUCAAAGAUAUUUUUGAAAUCGAUAAAGAAAAAUUAUCUUUUAUUACUGAGAAUGAUGGGAGAUUUACUUGGCAUUAUAUAACUUUAUUUUAUAAUGAUAAACCUUGUUCUUUGGAUGGAUUUAAAUUAUACUACGAAAUUGACGAAUAUGAUGAUUAUGAAUAUCCUGUAAUUAAAAAUUCAAAUGGGACAGAAUCUUUUCUCAUUAAAUCAGAUGCGAGACUUUAUUUUAAAAAUAAUUUAUUAUAUAAGUUUUAUUGGAAUCAUUAUCAAUUAAAUGAUUUUCGUAGCAAAGAUAGAAAAAUAUGUAUUUAUUUAACUUUGAAUAACCAUAUUCUCAAUUUAAGUGAUAAUUUUAAAUAUAAAUUUAUUAAGGAAGAAGUUUAUCAAACAAUUGAUAUCGAUAAAUCUAAAUUAGAUAUUGCUUUUUUUGAUGAUGAAAAAUUUGAGAAAAUUAAAUCAGAAAACGAUGGCAUUAAAGAUUAUUAUAAAUUAAAAGAUGAUGUUGGCUAUUAUUUUAUUCUAUAUAAAAAUAGUGUAAUUAAACAUAUUGGCACAUAUAAUUAUUUUGAUUAUUAUAAUGUAGAAGAAGAUAACAUUUCUGAAAAAAUUUUUAUUAAAAGU